AAAAAAAAAAAAAACUUGAACUGUGUUUGUAAUAGAAAAUCAUGGAUAAUAUGCCGCCUGGGUAUCGAUUUUAUCCGACGGAAGAUGAGCUGGUAUCUUUUUAUCUGCACAACAAGCUUGAAAACACCAGGGAUGACCUUUACCAUGUCAUGGAUAGGGUUAUUCCUGUCCUUGAUAUCUACCACUUCUAUCCAUCAGACCUUCCAUAUUAUGCUGGAGAUCGUUGUCAAGGAGAUCCCGAGCAGUGGUUCUUCUUUAUUCCGAGACAAGAGAGCGAGGCGCGUGGAGGGAGACCGAAGAGGCUCACAGAUUCUGGUUACUGGAAGGCAACAGGGUCUCCUGGAUAUGUUUAUUCAUCAGAACAUAGAAUAAUUGGAGUGAAGAAGACCAUGGUGUUUUAUGAGGGAAGAGCGCCAACUGGAACCAAAACUGACUGGAAGAUGAAUGAGUAUAAAGCCAUAGAUGGUGAACCACUAUCCUCUACUACUACUACUUCUGCUCUUGCACUUCCAAAGUUAAGGCAAGAAUUCAGUUUGUGCCGAGUAUACAAGAAAUCAAAAUCAUUGAGGGCAUUUGACAGACGUCCAGUGACAGUGAACAGGCCAGCGAUAAAACAAUAUGAUCAGGCAACAACAACAUCUCCAAUAAUAUUAAUGGAGGUCAUGAAAGCAACUUCUCUUGAUAGUUCAUCAUCCUCAGGAGAUCAGCAUCAUCACAACCACUGCCCCUCUCAAUCUCAAACUCUGGAAGCUAAUGCUAUAAGAAAUACUACCGGUAUGUGGACGCAUGCUAUGAAUGAUAUUGAUGAACCUGUGUUGGACUGGGAACAUUUUGACUGGGAACAUUUUGAUAUGCCGUAAAAUAUCAAAAUGAUUUGGAUUGUUGGCUAAAUAAAUUAAUGAUCAAGCUAGUUUUUGUGUAAUACACUAAUACUUAUAUGUAUGCAAGUAAUAUAUAUCAUAUAUAUAUAUAUAUAUGUUUGAGAAUUACUUAUCUUAAUUUCUAGAUAUGGAAUUAACCUUAUGUUUGAAAAUGUAUACUUGGAUGAUCUUAAUAUUAACCUAAUUCAUUGGAUGGAUGAAUGCGAGAUUAGUGUU